AUGGGUAAUAUUAAUAGCUCAGUUCGACGAAAAAUAAGCACGGUAAAAAAGAGACAGCAAACAGGGUCUGGAUCUAAAGCAGUUAGUGCUCUAUUAAUCGUUGAUGUACAAUAUGAUUUCAUUGAUGGUUCUUUAGCUCUUAAAAACUGUCCUAGUCAACAUCAAGGGGAACAUGUCAUACCCAUCAUCAAUAGAAUAUUAGAUGAUAUUCAUUUUGAUGUCGUUGUCUAUACUCAAGAUUGGCAUACACAUGAUCAUAUAUCAUUUUUUGAAAAUCUACCAUUACGUGCACAUCUAUUAGCCAAAGAUUCGAAAUCAAUCGAUGAAUUAAAAUUAUUCGAUACUGCUGUAUUUGUAUUUGGCGAUGAUACUGUAGAUAAAAAGUUACGUGUUGAACAAAUUCUUUGGCCAACUCAUUGUGUACAACACAGUCAUGGUGCUGAGCUGCAUAAAGAUUUAUCGAUAGUAAAAACGAACAGAAGUCGUGAAGUGUUUCACUUAUUAAAAGGUUAUGAUAGUGAUAUUGAUUCGUACUCAGCAUUUUGGGACAAUCAAAAAAUUCGCGAAACGUCAUUAAACUCGAAAUUAAAAGAAUCCAACGUUACACAUGUAUUUAUUGUUGGAAUAGCAACAGACGUUUGUGUGUAUUCAACAGCUUUACAUGCUGUUGAAAAUGGCUAUAAAACAUAUAUUGUUGAAGAUGCAUGUCGAGGUGUUGAUAUCGGAAAUAUUAAUUUACGUCUCGAUGAGCUCAUUAAACGAAAUUGUAUUGUUAUUCAAUCCGGCGACGUUAAAACUCGACUUGAAGACAUUUGA